AUGCCCCCUUCUGCUCAACUUGCCCAAGUGGAUCAGAAUGUCAGGUCUAUGGGGGACUUGAAUUCUUGCCAAAUGAGCCGACUUCAGCGGCCUUUAAACAAAAUUUUGAUCACAAUUGGUAUCAUGUGCAUCAUCUUCGUCCUAUUUAUUCUACAGGCCAUUGCCAAUACGACCAGCAUAGUGCCCGAGAGACUUGGAAUUUGGUCUGGCCUGCCAAGCUUGAUAGCGGUUUUGCUGGCUCAAUUCAGUUUAUUUACCAGUUUCCAAAUCUUGAUAAUUACUUCAUUAUUAAUCAAUCUUGUGCUUAUUUAUCUCAGCCUUUUUGCCUCCGCUAUUAGCUUGCUUCAUGUGUUGUCAGAUCACCAGGUAGUGAUUUACAGUGUAAUAGGUGGCGUUUGUCUGAUACUUGCCAUCUUGCAGGCUUUACUUGCUGUUCUUCUGUUUUUCGAGCUCCGCAAUGGAAUUGCCUCCGGCUAUCACUUGUUGAAUAGAAAAAAGAAACCCCAAACAGUGACUUCAUCUGCUUUGCAUAAGCCAAAGGCAGGAUACUCUAACACUAGCCGUAUUACUCCAAAGCGGAUAAAAAAGAAUAAUCCAGCUGAAGUCAAAUCAUCGAUUGAGCAAGUAGGCUUGUUAGUAGAAGAAGAUGAUGAAGAAUAA